AAGAGCACACCAAACAGCAUUCUCAAUCCCCAGCCCGAAAUGAACACCGCAAUCCCUCUCAACACCGGCGCCACCAUCCCCGCCCUUGGCCUGGGAACAUGGCAGUCGAAGCCUGGCGAGGUCAAGAACGCCGUCAUCCACGCCAUUGAGAGCGGCUACAGGCACAUUGACUGCGCCUUCUGCUACCAGAACGAGAACGAGGUUGGCGACGCGCUCCAGCAUGUCAUUUCACGGGGUAUUGUGAAGCGAGAGGAUCUCUUCAUUACCAGCAAGUUGUGGUGCACAUUCCACACGCGUGUCGAGGAGGGUCUGCAGAAGAGCCUGGACCUGCUGAAGACACCCUACGUCGACCUGUACCUGGUCCACUGGCCAGUGCCCAUGAACCCCAAUGGCAACCACCCCCUGUUCCCCAUGCUCGAAGACGGCUCCCGCGACCUCGACAAGUCAAUCACCCACCAGGACACAUGGAAAAACAUGGAGAAGCUGAUCCAGUCGCACCCUGAAAAGGUCAAGGCCAUUGGUGUCGCAAACUACUCUGUCAAGUACUUGGAGAAGCUACUCGCCAAAGCGACCAUUGUCCCCGCGGUCAACCAGAUCGAGAACCACCCACUGUGCCCCCAGCAAGAAGUCGUCGACUUUUGCAAGGAAAAGGGCAUCCACAUCACAGCAUACAGCCCGCUCGGUAGCACUGGCUCGCCGCUGUUCCAGGACGAGGGUGUCAAUGAAGUCGCAAAGAAGCACAACGUCGGACCAGCUGUCGUGCUCCUGAGCUACCACCUCGCCCGUAACUCUUCCGUCCUCGCAAAGUCGGUCACCCCCUCGCGUAUCGAUGACAACAAGAACCUCAUCUCGCUCGGUGCCGACGACAUGGAGAAGCUCGAGAGCAUCCACAAGACCAAUGGUAUCAAGCGUUAUGUCUACCCGCCAUUUGGUGUCAACAUUGGCUUCCCGGACAAGACUGACGGUGUGGACCUCAGCGGUCCUUGACUAUUGGAAAAGGGCAAGUUGUAGGGAUUUGUUUUGCAUAGACUCAAGAGCUAUAGAUGCUGUG